AAAAAAUAAAAGUUGAAAGUGUACCUGAGUUUGUUCUAGAAGUGUCGAGUAGGAAGUGAGGAGAAUCUGGACUAGUGGCGGCCAAAAGAAACAGAGAAGUCCAAAACGAAUUGAUUUCGAGUGUACGAAGACAAAAACAAAGCAAUUCGUGUCCACCCAAACGCCAUUAAACCAGUAUACAAGCUCCUUUCUCUAAUCUAUUUAUCAGUUGGUAAAAUGUCGCUUGUACCCUCCGUACCCAUCAACGAAAGCCCUUUGUUCGCAGAGGUCGACAUGGGUUCCGACUCCUCUGCGCCCACGGUUCGAGCCACUGUGGUCCAGGCCUCUACCAUCUUCUACGACACCCCCGCCACUCUAGAUAAGGCUGAGAGAUUGUUGGCUGAAGCUGCUGGAUAUGGAGCUCAGCUUGUUGUAUUUCCAGAAGCUUUCGUGGGUGGUUAUCCUCGUGGUUCCAAUUUUGGCGUUACCAUUGGGAAUAGAACCGUCAAGGGUAAAGAGGAAUUUCGCAAGUACCAUGCUUCUGCCAUUGAUGUGCCUGGCCCUGAAGUUGACCGAUUAGCAGCAAUGGCUGGAAAGUACAGGGUAUAUUUAGUAAUGGGAGUGAUAGAGAGAGAUGGGUAUACACUGUAUUGUACUGUACUGUUUUUUGAUUCUCAAGGUCGCUACCUGGGAAAGCACCGGAAAGUUAUGCCAACAGCUUUGGAGCGUAUCAUAUGGGGCUUUGGGGAUGGAUCAACAAUUCCUGUUUUUGAAACUCCAAUUGGAAAGAUUGGUGCCGCUAUUUGUUGGGAAAAUAAAAUGCCACUCUUAAGGACAGCAAUGUAUGCAAAAGGUAUUGAAAUAUAUUGUGCUCCUACUGCUGAUGCAAGAGAUGUAUGGCAAGCUUCAAUGACCCACAUUGCUGUAGAGGGUGGAUGUUUUGUUCUAUCAGCCAAUCAGUUCUGUCGAAGGAAAGAUUAUCCCCCACCUCCAGAGUAUGUUUUUUCUGGUACUGAGGAAGAACUUAGUCCAGAUUCUGUUGUCUGUGCUGGAGGAAGUGUCAUUAUAUCACCAUCAGGUACGGUUCUUGCAGGACCUAAUUAUGAUGGGGAAGCACUAAUCUCAGCCGAUCUAGAUCUUGGAGAAAUAGCAAGGGCAAAAUUUGAUUUUGAUGUUGUUGGACACUAUUCACGGCCUGAAGUGCUUGGCUUGAUUGUAAGGGACCAUCCAACUAGCCCGGUUACCUUUACAUCAUCAUCAUCUCUGAAAACAGAAGGCUUGCAGAAGUCAUAGUUGUACUCGCUGGCCGGCAGUUGUAAGUUCAGCUGGCUAAAUGUAAAACCUCUUCGCUAAGAAGGGGAUUGUUGUCAAAUAUUGUAUGGUGAUGUUAUAUCAUCUUGUGCAGACAAGCUUCAUGUGGGAUUGCAAUCAACAAUUCUGCCUGCAACAGGGGCAAAUGUGUUUAAUAUUCAAGUCUUAAGUGAAUGUUGGUUUACAUUUA